UUCACCAUCCUCCCACAGCACAACACUGUACUACAACACAAUGGGGCUGUAAUGUCAGCGGCGGGCGAGAUUAGAGCAUCUUCUCAAGAGUACUGAAUCUGUGUAUGGAUUUAAUGAUGAUGAAAAAGAAGAAAUUCAAGUUCAAGGUGGAUUUUGAACUUGACGAGCUCUCGUCGGUCCCCUUUGUCAACGGUGUCCUCUUUUGUAAAGUCAGGCUGCUGGACGGCGGGUUCUCGGAGGAGUCUUCUCGGGAGCCGGUGCAGGCCAACAGUGUUCGAUGGAGGAAACGGUUUUCUUUCCCCUGCAAGAUGAGUGCCAAUGCAGGGACGGGUGUACUGGACCCGUGUGUGUGCCGUGUGUCCGUCAGAAAGGAGCUGAAAGGUGGAAAGGCAUUUGCAAAGCUUGGUUUUGCAGAUCUGAAUUUAGCAGAGUUUGCCGGCUCAGGGAAUACAACCCGCAGAUGUCUGCUGGAAGGCUACGAUACCAAAAAUACUCGGCAGGAUAACUCCAUUCUCAAGGUCAUCAUCAGUACACAGCUCAUGUCCGGGGAUCCCUGUUUUAAAACGCCCCCCUCCACAGCCACAGUGAUCGGGAUCCAGGGUGAUGGAGAGAGCCUGCUGGAGGAGAGGAGAGGAGGAGACUCACAGAAAGGAUGUUCUGCAGAGAGUCGAGAAGGGAAGUGCCCUGUUGUUUCUGAUGAGCUUGGGGGCUGUGGCCACUCCCGAACGUCCAGCUACGCCAGCCAACAGUCCAAACUCUCAGGAUACAGCACCGGUCACUCCCGCUCCUCCAGCAUGUCAGAGUUCAGCCACCGGAGAAACCAUUCAGUGGGCAGCGCCUCGACGGGCAUCGGCAGCAUCCCAGAGCCCAGCGAGGACCGAGAGUCCAGACCCUGUCCUGCUCUACCUGAACACCCAGUCGCUACCACCACCACUAGCAACCCGCCGGGUACACCGGUACGGAGCGCCUCGUCCUGUGAACGACUCAACAGACACCCUGUGAAGCAGGACUCCAUGGAGUCUCAGCUGAAGAGAAUGGACGACACGCGGGUGGAUGCUGACGAUGUUGUGGAAAAGAUUCUCCAGAGUCAAGACUUCACACCCAGCCUACUGGACUCCAGUGCUGAAGAGGAAGGCUUGCGUCUGUUUGUUGGCCCUGGGGGAAGCACAGCCCUGGGAAGCCAUCACCUCCCUACCAGGGUUGGUGCCGGAGCGUACGAGCAGGUGGUGAUAAAGCGUUAGACCUGCAGCCUCAGACUGGAGGCAAGGCUGUGUCAAUUUCAAUCUGCAUUCCUACAGCACACACACGUGACCUGAUCACUCUGAACGGUUGCCAUUACAACAGUACCCUCCUGUGUUCAUAUCUCCUUAAUGAUAUCGUAGCUCCCUGAUUCUUAAGAGCGAGAAGUAAAAGAGAUGAAAAAUUAAACAUUUGCCAUAUUGUUCGAAACAUUAACAUGUAACUGAAACUGUCCACGCCUCAUGUUCUGGGUGUAGAUUAGCCUCAUCUUUGAGGUCAAACUUUAAAUCACCCAGCAUCCAAACCCAACUUAAACUGUUAGGAACUGGAAGACAACGGGACAGGCUGUGUGUGCGUCAUCAGAACAAACUGAAAUCUACACUGAAGAGGAGUAUGCAAUGCGCUUUCAAUACAUUCCUUUAGUCUCUCAGUGUUUGUUUUGGACUUCCUUUUUAAGUAGGAUGUUCUUUUUAAUAUUCACCUACAAGCUGCUAAAAAGUUCUAGUUGUUGGCACUCUGACAACCGUUGGUGUUUUGAAGUUGAGAAUAUUUUACUACAAAGACGAGGCAUCAGACUUGAGCUAUUUGACGUGUGUGUGUGUGUGUGUGUGUGUGUGUGUGUGUGUGUGUGUGUGUGUGUGUGU